AUUAAAAACUAACCUAACCAAUAAACUACAAAAAAAAUUACAAGUCAUUAACAAUGGAGGCUAUGGAUGUUGUAGUGCCAGAAAAAGAAGAAGGUAGCCCUUCUGAUGCGAAGCAAACCUUGCAGGACUUAGACACAGAGGAUUUGUACACUAAGUACAAAAAACUACAGCAGAUGCUGGAAUUCUUAGAAGUUCAGGAGGAGUAUAUUAAAGAUGAACAGCGCAACUUGAAGAAAGAGUACCUACAUGCCCAAGAAGAAGUUAAAAGGAUACAAUCAGUUCCUCUAGUAAUAGGCCAGUUCUUAGAAGCUGUAGAUCAGAACACUGGAAUUGUUGGCUCUACAACAGGUUCAAAUUAUUAUGUUAGGAUACUUUCCACUAUUGACCGAGAAUUACUGAAGCCUUCAGCUAGCGUCGCAUUACACAAACAUAGUAAUGCUCUUGUCGAUGUACUGCCCCCAGAGGCCGACUCUUCCAUUAGCAUGCUGCAGGCUGAUGAGAAACCUGACGUACAAUACAGCGAUAUCGGAGGUAUGGACAUGCAGAAACAGGAAAUUAGGGAAGCAGUGGAAUUGCCUCUUACGCAUUUCGAGUUGUAUAAGCAAAUUGGUAUUGACCCUCCAAGAGGAGUCUUGAUGUAUGGUCCCCCUGGAUGCGGGAAGACUAUGCUUGCUAAGGCCGUCGCUCAUCAUACAACAGCUGCUUUUAUUCGUGUUGUUGGUUCUGAAUUUGUUCAGAAAUACUUGGGCGAGGGCCCUCGUAUGGUGAGAGAUGUGUUCCGUCUUGCCAAGGAAAACUCGCCAGCUAUUAUAUUCAUUGAUGAGAUUGAUGCGAUAGCCACAAAGAGGUUCGAUGCUCAAACUGGCGCCGAUCGUGAGGUACAGAGGAUUUUGCUCGAGCUGUUGAACCAGAUGGACGGUUUCGAUCAAACGACAAACGUUAAGGUUAUUAUGGCUACGAACCGGGCGGAUACAUUGGAUCCAGCUCUGCUUAGACCUGGACGUUUAGACAGGAAAAUUGAAUUUCCUUUGCCGGAUCGCAGACAGAAACGUUUGAUAUUCAGUACGAUUACCUCAAAAAUGAAUCUCUCGGAAGAGGUGGAUUUGGAAGACUACGUGGCGAGGCCGGACAGAAUCUCCGGCGCCGACAUCAACGCCAUCUGCCAAGAGGCGGGCAUGCACGCCGUCAGGGAGAACCGUUACAUCGUCCUGCCGAAAGACUUUGAGAAGGGGUACAAGAACAACAUUAAGAAAGACGAGAGCGAACAUGAAUUUUACAAAUAAGUUAUUUUUAAAUUGUAAUGUCCUUUUUAAUUUUUGUAGCUUAACACUCUAUAAAUAAUAAACUAAACUUA